AUGUUUACUCUGGCUGCUCGUAAGCACAAACGAGUUGAAUUCCUGAAUAGAUAUGAAUUUUCCACUAUGAUGUGUUUCUAUGGAGAUCGACAGCAUCACUUUAAAGCACAUUCCCGUCAAGUGGGAGAUUUUGUAUUUUUACGUAUACGACAAAAAGAUCGAAUGGACACGGAAACGCGUAACAGAGAACUGAAGGACCACUAUGAUUUCCUGGUGAAGGCCACGUGUCGUCAAAAAGAGGCUGGUAAUUUGGAAGCGACUGCGAAAGUCCGUCUGACAAUAACUGAUCGUAAUGAUGCGAUGCCGAUUUUCACACUUGAAGCGGAUCAGUAUGAGGCGACAAUUAGUGAUCAGACUGCUCCUUUCACUGAUGUGAUCCGAGUCGAAGCUUCUGACGCUGAUGAAGGUAUCAAUGGUCAGAUCUACUACUCGUUAGUGAAUCGUUCGGCGGAUUUCACAGUCGAUCCCAUAUCAGGUUGGAUUCGUACGUUACGACAUCUAAGAAGCGGUGUUUAUCAGUUGAAAGUGCGCUCUGAAGACCGAACCUCACGGUUGUUCUAUAACGACCCCGACCAGAUUCAACCGGCUUGGUCGAAGGAUGUGGUGAUUACUGUAACCGAGUCGAAACGUCGUCAUCUGAAGUUAUUGGUGGCGAACAAGCCCAUAAACGGUUAUCGAUCGGAUGUUCAACAAUUAGCUAGCUGCAACAAUCCGGGUAGAUAUUCCGUCAAACGAGGCAUCGACAAGUGGACCAAUUCAUUGGAGAGCGGAAAUUUGGAAUGGCAGUUGUACACGGUACCGGGUCGUUUCAUCCCAUCCAAAACAAACGUCACUAUAUCGGCUGGACAAGAGUCGAUCUCAAGUGGCAUGGUCAACACGACGGCGAAUAUCAAGAUCGAAGUUGGUGAGCCGCAUUCGAUUGUAUUUGACGAUGCAGCAGCCACGUUCCACGUGAAUGAAUCCGCUCCGCUUGGUUACCUUGCUGGUUUUGGUGGUCAGAGCUCUAUAGUUGUGACAGUAUCCAUAAAAGAUUCGAAUGACCAUUCACCGGUUUGGCUGCCAAGUGGAGUCGCCAAGGCCCAGUGGUUGUUCCUAAUGGUUGACGCCGUCGAUUUGGAUUCCGGCGAGAAUGCGCGCAUAGGCUAUAAAUUAUCGUCGGAUUCUCAAGUGCCGUUUGCUGUCAACUUUGAAACUGGAGAGAUCUCAUUGUCGGCUCCUUUGAAAGCGGGCGAUAAUGAAUGGAGUGUGGCUGUAUGGGCAGUGGAUGCUGGGCGACCUUUACCAAGAUCGACGGUGUUAAAUCUAGUUUUUUAUCGGAACGGAACGAAGGUGAGACAAAGCUACUGCGGUUUUUCUCUUCUAAAUGUUCAGGUACCAGCAAAACCCAAACCAGUCAUUGGAGCCGAACCAGUGAACAAACACGAGCCGGUGUUCGAGGAUUUCCAUGGACCUGUGGAGAUUGAAGAGGAUGUCGCUAUCGGAACG